GCGCGGUGCUGCUGCUGCCACCGCUGCCAACGGCCCGGCGCGCGGGAACGACUCGGGGCUGCGCCGCGGGCCGGCCCGCCCUCCUGCCGUCGUCGUCCGGUUCGCGGACCGCGCGGGUCCCGUUACCAUGUCGCUGAGCCAGCGCCUGGCUCGGCUGGCCGCGCGUCUGCAGGACCCGCAGAAAGUGGCCCGUUUCCAGCGGCUGUGCGGGGUGGAAGCGCCGCCGAGCCGCUCCGCCGCGGCCGCCGCCGUGCCGAGGGAGGGCGAGAAGGCGGAGGCGCCGCUCUCCGGAGACGCCCGGUGCCGAGAGCGACAGCCUGGGACGUGCGGCGGCCCCCAGCCCCCCGGGAGCGACCGCAAUCAGUGCCCGGCCAAGCCGGGCGGCGGCGGCGGCGGCGCCCCCAACGGCGUGCGGAACGGGCUCGCCGCCGAGCUGGGCCCGGCCUCGCCGCGGCGAGCGGGCGCCCUGCGGCGAAACUCGCUGACGGGCGAGGAGGGCGAGCUGGCCCACGUGAGCAACUGGCCGCUCUACUACCUGUUCUGCUUCGGCACGGAGCUGGGCAACGAGCUCUUCUACAUCCUGUUCUUCCCCUUCUGGAUCUGGAACCUGGACGCCCUGGUGGGCCGGAGGCUGGUGAUCAUCUGGGUGCUGGUCAUGUACCUGGGCCAGUGCACCAAGGACAUCGUCCGCUGGCCGCGGCCCGCCUCGCCGCCCGUGGUCAAGCUGGAGGUCUUCUACAACUCCGAGUACAGCAUGCCCUCCACCCACGCCAUGUCCGGCACCGCCAUCCCCAUCGUCUUGGUCCUCCUCACCUAUGGCCGCUGGCAGUAUCCUCUUAUCUAUGGACUGAUUCUUAUUCCCUGCUGGUGUUCCCUAGUUUGCCUAAGUAGAAUUUACAUGGGAAUGCACUCCAUUCUGGAUAUUAUUGCUGGAUUCCUAUAUACCAUUUUAAUCUUAGCUAUCUUCUAUCCAUUUGUGGACCUGAUCGACAACUUCAACCAAACUCACAAAUAUGCUCCAUUAAUCAUCAUUGGGCUUCACUUAGCCUUGGGGAUCUUUUCCUUCACUCUUGACACCUGGAGUACAUCCCGAGGAGACACAGCUGAGAUUCUAGGAAGUGGUGCUGGAAUUGCAUGUGGCUCUCAUGUUACCUAUAACAUGGGUCUAAUGUUAGAUCCUCCUCUGGAUACGUUACCUUUAGUUAGGCCCCCCAUUACUGUGACUCUCCUUGGAAAAGCCAUGUUGCGUAUCCUUGUAGGGAUGGUAUUUGUACUACUAGUCAGAAUAAUAAUGAAAAAGCUCACCAUUCCUUUAGCCUGUAAAAUCUUCAAUAUACCAUGUGAUGAUGUGCGAAAAGCGAGACAGCACAUGGAAGUUGAACUCCCUUAUCGGUACAUUACCUAUGGAAUGGUUGGUUUCUCUAUCGCAUUUUUGGCUCCUUACAUAUUUUCCUUUAUUGGUAUCUCUUGAUGGAGAAAUAUUGUUUACGAUAAGAAAGAAGGGUAUCAGUUACUGAUCUCUAAAAAUAUAUUCUAGUUAAAAGCCAAAUCAGAGUUAGGCUUUUGCAGGAAUUUAACUUAAUUAAGUAAAUUCAUGAGUUCGUGCAUUUUACCAUUGCACAUCCAGAUAUUGUUUAGGUGAGCUGAGCUAUUUCAACACUGAAAAAAUGAUUAGUAUUCAUUUAGACUGUUCAUGUAAUAUUUGGAGAGUUUUGUGCUGUUAUGGAUUCAAGAUAUAUAUAUUAAGAUACAUAAUAUACACUUAUGUAUCUAAUACAUAAUAUACAAUUAUGUAUCUAAUAUAUGUUAUAUAUAAAAUAAUAUAGCUACAUUUUUAAACUGGGGGGGGGUGUAUUAUAAAGUCAAUAAUAAAUAUGCAAACAGUUGUGCCUGUGUAUUUGGACUUAAUACAGGCAUGUUCUUAUUACAGAUAUAUUUAAUGUUUACUUACUAUGGGAGCCAUUUCCUAAUUAAUGCAUAAUUACUAGACCAGAAUUCAUAUGCUACCACAUAUUAAUUUAUGCCUCAUUUUACACUGCCAUCAUGUUACCCAUGAUGUUAAAUAUGGGAGGCAUUUUAUUGGACCAAAUUUUCAGAAAAAUUAGUUUUUGGAUUCCUUUUUCCCCCCAGUUCUGUACUGUCUUGAAUGUACUUUAUUUGCAAUUGUUCUGAACAUCAGUUUAAUAAUUCAGGUACUGAAUUUUAUUGCUUGCUAAUUGUGCCUUUCUGUUUGCCGUAUAAGAAAUGCCAUGUAUACUGUGAUGUAAAAAUAAGAUGCUAACUUAAUCUUAACUUACAUGUAAUCAGGCAAAUAUUUUUAAAAUAUGUUAAGCUAACAGGGCUAGAAGUAAAACACCCUCAAUUCUUUAGCCUUUGUUUAGAAAGAAAUGUGGAAUGGGCUAAACCUUCUCACUAAUUUAUUGGGAAACUAAAUGGACAAAUAUUUCCAUUUUUGUAAGUAUUUUUCUGUGCACUGUAAGUUAUAGGAAUAAGAUAUAUUUUUUGUACAUUGUCUUGAUUGUUUAUACUACAGGUAGAUGUUUCCAGUUAAUGGAAAAGUAAUUGAAAUUUAUAGGUGGGACAAUGCACAAGCUUCAGAUAUAAACAAACCAUUUUUCUAAAUUAUUUGGAAAGGAUUGGGUGUAGCGGUUACCUUUUAAUACUGACUUAUUAGUUACUUAAGGUAAAUUAUAAAUCAAAAAGUAUCAGUAUUUAGAUCCUAUUUUUUUUCAAAUUUUCAGAGGAAAAUUUGGUAUAGUAUUAAACUAUUCUUUAUUCUGUCUGUGCCUUUAUAUUUUUGAAGUGUAAUUAUAAUUAGGUUAACAUUAUGUUUAUUUGUAGUAAGUUUUUCAUAAAGAAGAGAGUUAACUUUCCAUAAAUGAGCAUCAGGUAUGGAAUUACUUUAGUGCAAUAUCUGAUUAUCCAGAAGUAUCCUUUAAGAUGUUUCUAUUUUGGGCAGCAUAACUAUUAAAGCUCAUAUUUUUAUAAUUCUGAUGGAGAAUUUAGAGACAUGGUAAUUUUUACCAAUACUGAAUCUGAUCAUUUUAAAUAAAGCAACCAAAUUUGGGACCUUUAUCUAUUAAUAGGCAACCAGUGCACUUGGGAACAUAUUGGUAUGUUGGAAAACAUUCAAAGAACUUUUCUUUCAAAAUGUGUUUAAUGAAUCAAAUUUUAGGGACUAUUUCCUAUAAUUUGGGUCCAUGCUAUCUUAUUAAUUUUUAUAUCUAGCUUUAAAGUUAUUUUAAAAUAUUCCAUUUCUUUUUAUUAUUUUCUGUUCUAUGAUAGUUCCAUGCUAAAUAUAUUUAAAAAUAAAAGCCAAAUUCAGGUUGCAGGCUGUUUUGUUUUGUUUGCCUUCUAUACAUUUGUCUCGGUAUUAUCUGGUAGAGACUUAUAAAAUAUGUUUAGAGUUUUCAGUUCCAGUAGGCUUUCCCUCUGAAGCAUUUUAUUCAAAAUCAGCAUGUUGUUUUCAGUAUUAGAAGACUUUGAAGUAAUUCUUUAAGGUUGAAGUUGACUUUGGGCUCCAUUUAUGAUCAUUUUGACAUUGUACUUUUAAUAAAAAGUUUCAUAAUA